GUUGUCCUGCGUCUGAUUUUUGCACACGCCUUCGACCAUCUCACCUUCGUUCACCAUGACGAUGUACAGCGUUCUGCUCCUGUCCCUUCUUGGGCUCAGCAGUGUGCAAGCAACAUCCAUCCCGGCAUGCGCUAGCAGCUGUGUCGGUGAUGCAAUUGAUGCCUCGCUGUGCUCGUCCGUCGACACUCGUUGCAUAUGUUCAUCGAAGACAUUCCUACCACACAUCACAUCAUGCAUUGAACUGAAUUGUGAAGAAGAGGAUCAAGCUGUCGUAGAAGCCCUAGCACACACCCAUUCAUUGUGUGAUGCCGUUGGGCCUCGGCAAGGUCUCCGUGCUCGUAGUGCUGAGCCAGAGCCAGCGCCAGAGGCUGAAGCUGAGCCAGAGGCGCAUGCCCCACAAGGAUAUGGCCGCAAGGAAGAACACAAGAGGCCUGAAAAGCACCAAAGCUGGUGGGACAAGGCCAAGCACAAGGCCGGCUAUGGGGACAACAGAAAGCACCACAAGGAGAUCCAUCGCCCACAGAAGCACCAUGGGGAGAAGGAUCACCCGGCCAAGUACCAGCCAAAGAAGCAUCACAAGGCUGAGAAGCAUCAGAAGCCUGAGAAGCAUCACAAGCCUGAGAAGCACCACAAGCCUGAGAAGCAUCACAAGCCCGAGAAGCAUCACAAGCCUGAGAAGCAUCAGCCCGCGAAGCACAAGAAGCCAAACAAGGACCACCAGCCGGAGCCUUACAAGCCAAAGCACCAAAAGCCGAAGCAUGAGGAGCCAAAGCACCAGAAGCCAAAGCAUCAGAAACCAAAGCACCAGGAGCCAAAGCACCCCAAGCCGGCACCUUACAAGCCAAAGCACCAGGAGCCAAAGCACCAGAAGCCAAAGCAACCUCAGCCGGAGCCCUACAAGCCAAAGCACCAGAAGCCAAAGCCAAAGCCUCAGCCAAAGCCAAAGCACCCCAAGCCGCAGCCUUACAAGCCAAAGCACCAGAAGCCAAAGCCAAAGCCACAGCCAAAGCCAAAGCACCACAAGACGCACAAGCCAAAGAAGCCCAAGCACCCCAAGACGCAGCAUCCUAAGCCGACAGAGACCCCCAAGGGCUACCCAGCACCACCACCUCCACCAUCUCGCCCGACCACCACUGAGCCAGCGAAGCCUUAUCAGCCAACUCCCCCUUCGUAUCCUCACCCCACCACCACCACCACCACACAAAAGAAGCCUCAGACCACCACUACAACCACACAAAAGAAGCCUCAGACCACCACUACAACCACACAAAAGAAGCCUCAACCCACUACCACAACCACACAAAAGAAGCCUCAAACCACCACAGAGGCCGCGAAGCCGUACCAACCAACUCCCCCUUCAUAUCCUCACACCACCACCACAACCACUCAAAUAAAGCCUUCGACCACCACCACGCAGCCACAAUAUCAAACCACAAGGGGCCCAGUUUCGAUGACGACCUCAUUUACACAAACACGAUAUACCCACAGCACGCCGACACACACCGUGUGGUAAUUCCCUGGUUCAUAAAACUGAACUCUCGGCUCAGCGUUUUAAAUUUUCGUAUUAUCAUUCCCAGCGGAAGCGGGAGAUUGUCACAAAAUACAGGACAAAGGAAGGGGGCACAAAUGUUACAGUAACGACGCGAUGGAAAGUCCUCCCUCACACACACCACAUACAUGGGAGUGGAUAGGGAAUGGACAAAAAGAGUUAGAAAUAUUUCUCUCUUUUUUCUUCUUCUUCGGAAAUACAAAUCAACUUUUCAUGUCGAAAGACAGUCAAUCCUUCUCUUUUCGUUUUCCUCUUCUUCUUCUUCCCUUCUUUCCCUCGUUCUUCAUUCUUCGAAUCGAAGCAACAACCAACACUUCUUUUCUUCUUCACUUUUGAAAAAACAUGUGUAAAUAGUGAUGGAACCUUUUUUAGGAGAGUCCGAUUGUAGACAUCUAUAUAUCUGAUUCAUUUUAGUAUCAGAGGAGAGUUCUUUUCGAAACAGUUGGCAAGGCAGAUUAAACACCAA